GUCAAUGUUGAAUGGUGGACUGUGAAGUGAAACACAGACGUGUAAAAUAUUGGCGAUAGUUUUGAAAGAAAAGCCGCAUUUUAUUUAUUAUUGAUAUCCGCUAACGUUUUAAGAAUCUUGUAAUUAAAAAUGUAUAGAACUUUUGAAAACAUGUUUAGCUACAAAAUUCUCGCAUCGGCUGUUAUAUUGAUCUGCCACAGUUUUUACAAUCCUACUGAUAGCGGUGCUGUACAAAUAACACAGAACAAUAUAGAUAUGGUGUUAGCCUCUAACGAAGUGGUGUUUAUAAAUUUUUACGCUGAGUGGUGUAGAUUUAGCAAUACAUUGAUGCCCAUAUUUGAUGAUGCUGCUGAUGAAGUUACGAAAGCUGGUUAUGACCCCGGCAAAGUUGUGAUGGGAAAAGUGGACUGUGACAAAGAAGCGGCAAUCGCAACUAGAUUUCAUAUCUCCAAGUACCCAACACUAAAGCUUUUCAGAAAUGGUUCGCCAGCUAAAAAGGAGUACAGAGGCCAGCGUUCUGUGGAAGCAUUUGCAGAGUUUAUCAAAAAGCAGUUAACUGAUUCUGUCAUCACAUUUGGCCAUUUGAAAGAGCUUCAAGAGCUAAGUGAGGAAAAGAGGCAUAUAAUUGGUUACAUGGAUAGAAGAGACCAGCCGGAAUAUGAUGUUUUCCGCAAGGUGGCAGGCAGCCUAAAAGAUGAAUGUUUAUUCCAUGCAGGAUUUGGUGAUGCUUCAAAGCAAAUGCAUCCACCAGGGCAGCCAAUUGUUGUAUUUAGAACUGACAAAAAGACAUCAGUUGAACCUGAUGAGACAUACAAUGGAUCAUUGCUUGACUUUGAUGAACUCAACACUUGGGUGCAACAAAAAUGUAUUCCACUGGUGCGUGAAAUUACAUUCGAGAAUGCAGAAGAACUGACUGAAGAAGGAUUACCUUUCCUUAUCCUGUUCCAUCAACCCUCUGAUAAUGAAAGUGUGAAGAAGUACAAAGAAGUCAUCAGGAAAGAACUGCAAUCUGAAAAGCAAAGCAUAAACUUCCUUACGGCUGAUGGUGUAAGGUUUGAGCAUCCACUGCAUCACCUUGGCAAGUCACUGUCAGAUCUUCCAUUAAUCGCCAUUGACUCGUUCAGGCACAUGUACCUCUUCCCAGAUUUUAAGGAUAUGGAAAAACCAGGAAAGCUAAAGGAAUUUCUUCAAGAUUUAUAUUCCGGAAAAUUACACAGAGAAUUUCAUUAUGGUACCGAUGCACCCCACAUGGCGAUAAGCACGGAUGUUAAGGUGACCACUCCACCCGAGUCCACAUUCAAGAAACUUGCACCAUCUAAAAAUAGAUACACUCUGUUGAAAGACGAAUUAUAAGGCUUGCUAGUAUACAAUUUUGUAGGUAACAUUGUCACUGCAACAUAUUUAUCUCAUUUUUGUUUAUUUGUAAUCUUUUUUUUUUUGUUCUUUCCAUUACGUAUUUUGUAUAUUUAUA